CAUCCCCAAAAAGUGAGAGGGCAGGAAUUCAAGCAGUUGAUGAAUAUCCCUGCAGGAGUGAGUAGGGGGGAGUGAGAGAUCAGGACACGGACCGAGGGAAAAAUCCACACCUUUCCCAGAGUGAUUACAGAAAGCGGUGCGUUUGUGCGCGUCCUUUCCGUUGAGCACCUCCGCGGACUUACGCGUAAAGACAAUCAAUGAAGGAGAGAAGAUCUAUCCAGAAACUGUCCCUUCAGCCCGGAAUGGAUCCGAGUCAGAGCCUCAAAUGUAAGAUCGUGGUCGUGGGGGACAGUCAGUGUGGGAAAACCGCUCUGCUCCACGUUUUUGCCAAGGACUGUUUCCCUGAGAAUUAUGUCCCCACUGUGUUUGAGAAUUACACAGCAAGUUUUGAGAUUGACAAGCAGAGAAUAGAGCUCAGCCUGUGGGACACCUCAGGAUCCCCGUAUUAUGACAACGUCAGACCACUCUCGUAUCCAGACUCAGACGCCGUCAUUAUAUGUUUCGACAUCAGCCGACCAGAGACCCUAGACAGUGUUCUAAAGAAGUGGAAAGGGGAGAUCCAGGAAUUCUGUCCCAACACAAAGAUGCUGCUCGUCGGAUGCAAGUCAGACCUGAGAACAGAUCUCACGACAUUAGUGGAGCUUUCCAACCACAGGCAGACGCCGGUUUUGUCCUAUGAUCAGGGUUCUGCUAUGGCUAAGCAGAUAUCCGCACCUUACAUCGAGUGCUCCGCAGUGCAGUCGGAGAGAGAACAGGUGCGGGACAUUUCAGUGGCGACGCUGGCAUGCGUAAAUAAGAACAACAAAAACAUCAAGCGCAACAAAUCGGCACGCUCCACCAAGCGCAUCUCGCAUAUGCCCAGCCGACCAGAACUCGCUGCUGUGGCAACAGACCUACGCAAAGACAAAGCAAAGAGUUGCACGGUAAUGUAAUGCAAGGUGUUCGGGGAGUUCAAAUAAUAAUAAUUGAGUCUGGGAAACGGUGAGGGUGGAAAAGAAUUGGAAUUGCCUCUGAAGUGCUGGAGCCGGGAGUGUUUACUCGAUGUCCCUGAAGGUGUCUCCGGUUUUGAGGGUUCUACUUCUUCUUACCAGAACUUGAAAAACUUGUGGACGAAAAGCCAAACUACGGCCCCAACCACCUCUCCUAAACUUAUCCACUCAGCAGGAGGAUGUCACCACCCUCUCGGCCAAUGGGAGGCCUUCCUUCCUGCUCCUGGACGUGAAACUGCUUCCUCUCUGGAGGGUUCCUUCUGGAAGCUUCUUUCUGUAGGAAAGGAAGGAGGAAGGGGAUCGCAUAACCAUUGAGUCCAGAGUUCCGCUGAGCUAUUUUUAAAAGAUGCACGAUUUCGGUUGGUGUUAACAAUGGGAACUGGUGAAGAUGGACUUCCACAAUGGUGACUAUUGGAAACAUCUCGAUUCCUCCUUUUUUUUGUGUCUGUACAGCUAAGUCAGGAGGAUAUGAACGAGAGUAUCACUGCGGUCACGGAUCACUUCCUCCUUCGAUCUUCUGUUUUGCUCCUUCUGUAGACCAAGAAGCACGAGUUUGUGUGUGUGCGUGUGGUUUUUCGUUUUCUUAUGCUAAGCUCAGCUAAAACUGUCACCAUGGAUACACCGCUGGUAUAACUCGCACUGUUUUCUGUAUUACUCCUCAUAAUCACAUUACGGUCAUUAGGAUUCAGAAACAGAAUAACCAAAGAGCUGGAAGGUUUUCAAGCGGAUGACUCAAAUGUUUGUCGUUCUGGAGUGCAUUGUUGGAUGCGUAUUUGUGGAUCAAUGAAAGCUUCUGUCACGGUUCUGUAAGAACAAGGUUCGCUGGGCAACGUUGGAGAAUUGAGUUGAUCCGUUAGUGUUCAUUUGCAUUCAGUUUAUCCCCGAAGGGGGCUUUCGCAAUGACAGCGGUGUGUGCA